AUGGAGAAUCUGAACGUAUAUAUUCCGGAAGGGAAUAAUCCCCAUCCUCCUAUGCAGUAUAAUUAUACACAGAGUACUCAAGAACAAAGUUAUAAUGAUUAUGACGAUAGUUCCACUUCUAUUUAUGUAGAACAUGAGCAUGAGCAACCUAGACGAUAUGUUAAUAUAGAUAAUUUAGUGUUAGAAUUGCCUAUACCUGCAGAUUUACUUGGAAACAUCCCUAGAAAUGAUUUAAAAGAAUUUACACAUUUGAGAUAUACUGCAUGUACAAGUGAACCUGACAAUUUUGAGGAAAAAGGAUUUACCCUUCGCCAAAUAGAAACAAAUCCUCCGAGGCAAACAGAAUUAUUUAUUAUGAUACCUAUGCUUGCAGAUGGUCGUGAAAAUAUUGAGAAAAGUUCUUUAGCUUACUUAGCAGCUCUUGGUGUCUAUCAAGAUGUUGCAGUAGGAAAAGUAAAGAAUGAAACCGUAAAUGCACAUAUAUUUGAGUAUACAACACAGAUUUCAAUCGAUCAUUCUAUGAAUAUUAAAACAGGAAAAGAUUCGGAAGUUGUUCCAAUCCAGACACUCUUUUGUCUUAAAGAGAAAGAAGCUAAAAAAAUCAACUCUUAUCGAUGGUUUUUUAAUGCCUUUUGUCCAGCUCUUAGACCUAAUAUAUGUGUUCUUAUUGAUGUUGGUACUAAACCAGGUCUUAGAUCCAUUUAUAAUCUAUGGAAAGCAUUUCAUGUAGAUCCAAAUGUUGCAGGUGCUUGUGGCGAAAUAGUUGUCGAAAAAGGUAAAGGUUGUAUUAAAUUAUUGAAUCCAAUCGUGGCCGCCCAAAAUUUUGAAUAUAAAAUGACCAACAUUCUGGAUAAGCCAUUUGAAUCUGUGUUUGGAUACAUUACUACUUUACCUGAGGCCUUUUCUGCAUAUCGGUAUAUUGCUCUACAGAAUACUAUCAAUGAUAAGGGGGAGAUCGAAGGUCCUCUGGCAUCUUAUUUUAAAGAUGAAAUUAGUGAUGUGAAGAAAGAGAGAAACAUUUUCUCUGCUAAUAUGUAUCUUGCUAGAGAUCGUAUUCUUUGUUUGGAAUUGGUUACUAAACGUGGAUGUUCUUGGUUAUUACAUUACGUUAAAUCAUCCAAGGCUGAAACCAAUGUACCUAAAGAUUUUUCUGGGCUAAUUAACCAGCGAAUACAUGAUGCUGAGGAUGAAGAAAAGAAAUUAGAGAAAACUGUUAAUCAUGGAUCUCCUCAUGACAAAGAUCCAUAA